CAAGUGACUUAAAUAUUUCUACAAGAGAGAGGAGUUUGUCCCUGUGACCAUUAAAAUCAGAGAGACCCAGGUUUCGUUUAGUUAUAGAAUCCGAAUUAGUACAUAUAUAUAUGGCGAUGUUCAAACCUAUGAGUUAUGACAAGGAUGUUACACUUUUUGGAGAUUCGAAGCUGGUCAAUGGAGGUUCUUCGAUUCAGCUGACCAACUCGGUGAGUGGAAGCGAGGGACGAGUCGUUUACAUGGAAACCAUUAAGCUAUUCCAAGGUAAAGAGAAGGACUCGUUAUCUUUCUCGACUGCCUUCUCGUUUUCGAUGCGCAAUGAGAUUGAUUGUGUCUUGGCAUUUGUAAUGGUUCCAAGUAGUUUUGAUCUUAGUCUGUUUGGUAAGAAAGAUACCAGUUCCUCUGCUUUAGGAUUUCUGUUACAAUAUGCAAAGAACGAGACAGUUGUUGCUUUCGAGUUUGAUAUAUCCGAUAGAGGAAACUGUGCAAGAAUCUUAAUAGGUAGACCUGAAUCUUCUGAAAUUAGAAACCUUUCGUUUGAGGGUGAUUUGAUGAUGAACAAUGGAGGGGCGUUGAGCUGUAUGAUUGAUUAUGAGGCAAGUUCUAAGAGAGUGAUGGUUCGAUUCAGGAAAUCUGGUUCAGUAAAGAUGUUCGAUCCAUUCUUCUCUUUUUCGGUUGACUUGGUGGAGCUAUGGAAAGAUGGUGAAUUCAUGGUGGGUUUAAGCUCUACAAACGGGAACUCUUCCAAUGCACAUUUUCUCCAUACAUGGAAAUUUCAGAUGAGGGAUCCUCCUCCGAUGUGGAUGCAUUCGGAGCCACGUCAACCGAAUAAAGCUUUGAAGGACGAUGAGGAAGAUGGUCCAGGGGGAAGUGAAUGUAUAUAGAGACUAAGACGUUGUGCAUUGGCUUCGGGUAAAGUAUGUGAAGGAGCCUUAGGGGAUAUGUUGGCUUUGUAUCUCUGGACAAUAUGCAGUGUGAGGCCGUCAAUAAUGUUGCUGUUGAAGAAGGCAAGAAGUACUGAGAAGUUGUUUUGGUUUGGUUUGAAUUAAGAAGGUUUGUAUUGUGUUUGUAGUGUGAAUGUAGUCUUCUUCCGCUUUCUUCUGUAUCUUUCGUUAGUGUUAGUUUCGUCAGUUGCAGGUUUCACAUGUAAAAUCCCUAUGAAUAAGAAGCCGUACGCCUAUUGAU